AUGGGCUGGGGAGGUGGAUGGGGCGGUAAAGGCAAGUUCGGCGGCGGUGGUGGCGGCUGGUCUCCAUGGCAGCCUAUGUUCAUGAAAUGGGGCAAGGGCAAGGGCGGUGGCAAGGGGCUAAAGGUUGACCCAGCCUUGAAAUGCUGGAUUGGAAACCUGGCAGAGGGUACAACCUGGAAGGCGCUUCAGGAUCACAUGAACCAGGCUGGCAAGACCACUUGGGUCGAGUGCUUCAGCGGCAAGGGUUCCGGCACGGGCGGUGUCUCCUUCUCCACCGCAGAGGAAGCCGCCAAUGCCAUCACCAUGCUCAACGGGAGCUUGCUCAAUGGCCAAGCCAUCAUGGUAGACGUGUGGGUGAAGCAGCAGCAGACGGGCUAA